UGAAACGUCAUCACGUCGCUGCUCCUCUGUCGGGUUUCUGCGGGAAAACGAACGUGUUGAGAUGUUUUGAGAGGUUUCAGCAGGUCGGUGUUUCGCUUCUACAUGAAACCUGUGUUUAAAUAAUUCAGGUUACUAUGGAGCCCAAGGGAGCUGAGUCUCAGCCAUCCGGCGUGGGGCCGGUUGAGGUGGUGAACUCUAUUCGGGAGCGAACGAUCACAGAGAACAGCAUGGUGAUCCUCCUGCAGGGCCUUCAGGGAGAGGUGACCACGGUGGACCUGAGGAACGAGAGCACGGCACGUGGACGCGUGGUCAACGUAGAUGCCUUCAUGAACGUACGGCUAGAGGACGUGUUGUACCGGGACCGGCUGGGUCAGCUCACACAGCUGCAGGACCUAUUCAUCACUGGCAGGAACAUCCGCUAUGUCCACAUCCCCGACCAUAUGGACAUAAUGAAGACCAUAGAGAGCCAGCUGGCCAAGAUUCACCGCGUCCGGAACUUCGGCAGUGAAGGCGGAGGCAGGAAAGAGUUUGCCAAGAAAACAAAAUGACUUUUUUUUUUUUUUACAUUUGGAAAAGACGCUGCUUGUGUAAGGUUCAGAGAUUAGAGGACAAACACCAGUCUAGACCAGUAGUUUACAUCCUGAGGGCCCACAAAGUGACUCCAGGGUCAAGAACAGGGAGAGAGAUCUCAGGUACAGUAAGAUAUAGUUACAGUUCUCCUUUUCAUUGUAAAAUACUGGAAACUGUCUUUAGUGCUAUAAAAACUGAACAGCUUGGAACCUGGGAUGAAAGGCCACAAUCUGGGUUUGAUUUCUUGUAAGGAUCACAAACUCGAAAGGCUGGAGUAUUUGGAGGCUGAUAUCAGUAAAUUGUUUAAAUGUUUAAAAAUAAAACUCCACAGAUUGAUUUGUUUCCCUAUGUAAACACUGUAACAAUUCUUUUUAAUACAUUGCGAAUUAUUUCUUGGAUUAAUUGAUGCAUCUUCCUUGUAUCAACUCAAAGAAGCUCUUUGGUUGAGAUAAAAAAAAAAAAAAGACAAACUAUUUAGGGGGAUUUUUAAAUGAGAUAUGAUGAAAAUGCUAAAAAAAAAUCCAUCUGAGAAUAAAGUGAAAUCUUUUUCAAUAUAAUUAUAACAACUAAAUGAUAGAUCCUCUUUUGCACAAAGGGUUUAACUUAAACGACGCCACAGCUUCUCUCAUAUUUUGCUGACUUAGAAACAGUGAAGAGUCUUAUCUCUUAAACAUAGAGAAUACCCUAAAGCAGUCACUUUUUGUGCCUUUUGAGGUGCUGCACCUCAUAUUUGUACUAAAUAGCAAAAAUACAUUUAUCAUACAUUUCUCCUAAUUUUUAUAGUAUUUUCUACACCUCAUUUGCAGAAUCUGGACACCUACAUUUUUUGCUAUUAUAACACCAGUGAGGUACACCUGUCAAUGUAAGCAGCCAUGCUUUUUACUCACCAGACGGAUCAGCUAAAAACAAAAGUCACCUCCACACUGUUGUUAUAAAGGACGAAAUUUAAACUUGGGGGUCUUAUGAGAUUUGACUCGCUUUUGGAGCAACUACAGGCUCAAUUUUUCCACCGCCAGAGGUUGCAGCUUGUUUAUUUUGGCCCAUGUUUCUUUUUUUUAAGUAGGUUUCCCUUUAGCGGGAUUUAAGCAUUAGUUAACUUCUCCCACAGUUGUGGUUUGCUCCCCACAACAAAAUGACUCAACUUAUUAAGCUCCUCACUGUCAUUCUGGGCCUUUUGAUGUGUCGCUCUCUAAUAGCUCCCUCCAGCCAGCAACUUAAUUAACUAUCCUAACUUUUGUGCUAUCGCAUUAUUAAAGAUCUCUUUUGUCUGUCUUUCAGUACGUUAUCAUUUUAAUUUAGUUGUAAAAAUACUUUGAGGGACUUGUCUUUUCUUACCAAAUUAUUCCCAAAGUUAAUCUCUCUGCUCCAGCUCAGUUUUAUGAGAAUUGAAUGGCUCAUAUUGCAGCUGACACUGAAUGCGGUUGUGGUGUGAGGGCCAGUGUAUUUACUGGUAAAUGGUGAGCAUCACAAAGCCCAUCUUUCUGUGUGUUUAAAAAAAAACAGCCCUAAGUUAAUCACUGCCUGUAUGCAGGAAAACAUUAGUCACUGGUGGGGAAAAACAAGCUGACCUGUUUCCACAGCUCCACAAACAUCUCUGCAUCAGCGAGCAAGUCGCUCUCAGUCACAACAGUGACAUCCACUCUUGUUUUUUAGCCAGUGGAGACAAGCGUGGCGGGUGAAAGGAAGGUAGUGUUUUGCUUGGUGUUCUACCCGUGCGCAGUUGCGAUCGGGAAUCUGGGGAAUUUGCAAAGUGCUAUGUUAUUCCUACACAGCAUCAGGAAGAGGACAGGCCUGACAUAACACAGGCAGCUGGAGCAGAUAAACCCCGCACUGUGGACAAAAAGGGUGGAGGUUCACCAGCCGUUACUGAGUGCAUUAAAUUAGGAGGAAUAUGCACGCAGGAAUGUCCCUCAGCAGUUGGAUCAUUGUUUUGGGCUUUAGCCUCAGAGUGAUUUUAGGGACAUAUUUUUCUCUUGACCAACCCUGAGUGUUUGAAUGACAGAAACCACAUAAUAACCGCUUAUUGCUGUGCUAAAAACACCAGCGAGUGCCACAUCAACGCUCACUAGACUCAGAAUAGUACUUUACAACCGCAUAAACAGGUCUUUUGCAAUACUUAAGAGUCUGGGUUAGUGUUACAGGAAAAAGCACCAGUAUAAAUAAGAAAGACAAGCCCUGCUUUCAUCGCUGUAGUCAGUCUGUAGAAUUAUAUGCUCGUACUUUUAGAAAUUAAAGGGGGGCUGUGUUGGUUUUUGUUAUUUUCUGUCGCACAUACUGUUAAAAUGAUGAAUGCGCUCAUAUCCAGUUCUGUGGAAUUAUUCAUAUUUUGGCUUCGGCUGAGGUUUAAAUUCACUCCCAGCAGGCCACAGAGUCAGGUUCACUUCAGUUCACUUAAAUGAAUUUAGUUUCUUCAGUUGAAUUGAAUGGAAAAAUAUAGACUUACCUAUAUUAGUCCAUGCAUUCAUCUUUAGUAGGCUUGAUUACUGUAACAGCAUCUUUACAGGUCUACCUAAA